GAGCAAUAUAAACAGGGGCCGGGGAGGCCGCGGGAGCAAGCUCCACCCCAGCGCGGCCCCAAUGAAAGGGGCUGCGGCGCGCCGGGGGGAGCAGAGCGCCGGUGGCAUGGACAAGGGCUGCUACACCAUGGCCAAGUUCGGCCUCGAGGCCAAGGAGGCCGUGCCCAAGCGCGACUGCGGCUUCUACAUGAAGUACGUCUUCCUCUUCACCUCCCUCAUCCAGUUCCUCAUCAUCCUGGGGCUGGUGCUCUUCAUGGUGUACGGCAACGCGCACGCCGGCACCGACACCCACCUCCAGCACCUGGAGCAGCAAGUGCAGGACCGCUACGGCAAGAUCAUCACGCUCAGCGGCAGGAACGCCAACCUCAGCCGGGCGCUCAACGCCACGGCCAAGGAGAAGCAGGCGCUGCAGGCCCUCGCGCAGAAGGUGCAGCGGGAGCUGGACAAGUGCAACAGCAGCCAGGCGUCGCGCGGCACCGAGCACGAGCUGCAGAAAAUGUCGACCGUCAUCUUCUACGAGAAGACGAAGCUGAACGAGUGCCACAUGACCGUCAGCCUCAUCAACGCCAGCUGCCACGCCGAGAAGGCCACGCUGCAGAGCCAGCGGGACCAGCUGGCCCUGGCCAAGCGGGAGUCGGAGGAGCGGUGCGCCAGGGCGGGCGCCGAGCUGAGCAGGGUCACGCGCGAGAGCGAGGGCUGCCAGCGGGAGCUGCUCGCCACCAGGACGGGCUGCGACGCCACCCGGUCCCAGCUGGAGCUGCUGAAGGGGGAGUGCGUCUCGCUGCGCACCGACAUCCGCUACUCCCUCCAGCGGAUCAAGGAGCUGCUGAGCCCCUACAGCUGCAGCAGCGCCCUGGAGCAGCUCGGCUGGCUGGUGCAGCGCACCGAGGAGCUCUUCCAGUGGCAGCAGGAGCGCGACACCAAGUACGUGGGGAAGGCGGUGUGCAGCUCCCUGGUGGCCCAGUGCCAGCUGAACUGCUCCCAGGACAAGCAGGACCUGGACAAGCGGCUGCAGGACGCCGAGAAGCAGCUCCAGAGCAGCCAGGAAGAAAAGAAGAAGCUGGCGGCGGCGAAGGAGCAGCUCAGCAAGGACCUGGAGGAGAAGAGCAGGGCGGCGGCGCAGGCCGCCUUCCUCCGGGAGCAGCUCAACAUCUGCAUGGGCUACAAGGUGGGUGCCUUCCUGGACGCCGGCGGUGCGCGGGUGCCGGGGAGCCCGGCCUUCGGCGGCCGGCUGGGAGCCUUCGGGAACGCGGGUGGCUACCUGCCCGCGGACGCCCUGAGGAGCCAGGGCAUCGCGGAGAACGCGGGCAAGAUCAACGUGGAGGAGAUCCAGCGCUCGGUGCGGAAGAUCAUGGAGCAGUACGCGCCCGCGCCAAGGAACCCCAGCGGCUAGCGGCCGAGCUGGCGCACCGCGAGCUGCGGCGAGGAGCUCCGCACGCCCCGGCAGAGCAGCGGGACCGGCCCGGAGCGGCGCUUCCCGCGACGAGCACGGCGCGGCCACACCGUCCCCCGGCCCGGGCCGCGAGGGGCCAGGGCCGAGCUCUCCGUCCCCCCCCGCCCCCCACCGCUUCUCACCCCGUUUUCCCCACAUCUCCCCUCCCUGCCGCCGGCGGGACUGGGACACUCAACCCUUCCCGCGUGUGCACGCGUGUGUGCGCGUGUAUUCGGGCGCUCGGAUCUGGGGGCUGCAAAUACACUGGCCACUGGCACGGCAUGGCACAGCA